ACGGAGUAUCCGCCAUCACCUUGCGUGACAUAAUACGUAACUUGCGUGAUGCUCAGACAGCAGUGACAACAUUCAGCGGAGUUGCGUAUGAGCAUAUGUACUGUUGUGUCUUUGCUCGUUGCAGUUACGAACUCGAGGUAGGGCACUAAUUCAAAGCUUUUCUUUCGAGUUCCUAGGCGGUAAAAUCGAUAUAGUUUUCAACAGAUCCCAUCAUGGCGAUGCAGGACGUUAUAAAUAAGGUUAAGGGGACAGCUCUUGGAGUUGCGGAGUACUUGACGCCUGUUUUGAAGGAGUCAAAGUUUCAAGAAACGGGCGUUAUUACUCCAGAAGAAUUUGUGGCAGCAGGAGACCACUUAGUACAUCACUGUCCAACAUGGAAAUGGGAUUCAGGACCUGAUGAUACUAAAAUAAAGAACUAUCUUCCAAAAGACAAGCAGUUUUUGUAUACAAAGAAUGUUCCUUGCUACAAGCGAUGCAAGGAAAUGGAACACCAAGAGGAAAAUGAAGCAAUUGUUGAACCAGACGAAGACGGAGGCUGGGUAGACACCCACCAUCACCUCGAUCCAAGUGGGGAGCAAGCUGUCACUGGUACUCAGGAGUCGUUUGCAGAGAUGACACUUGAAUCUGACAAGGGCACAAAAGAUGUAACACCAGUAGAUAAUGAUGAUGAUGAAGAAGAUGAUGAUGAGGAGGCAGUGGAUAUGGAAGCUUUUGAAGAAAGUGGAAUGCUUGAAAGUGAUGAGGCUACCUUGUCAAUUAAACCAACUUCUAAGGCUGAGUCAGGGGCGGAGGGAGCCACAGAUGCAAAUGCCUCUGGUGGAAUUCUACAAACAAGAACUUACGACAUGUACAUUACAUAUGACAAAUAUUAUCAGACGCCACGACUGUGGCUGUUUGGUUACAAUGAGAACCGAGAACCCCUUGCAGUAGAAGAGAUGUAUGAGGAUAUGAGUCAGGACCAUGCAAAAAAAACAGUGACAUUGGAGGCUCAUCCUCAUUUGCCAAUGACCAUGGCAUCUGUUCAUCCUUGUAGACAUGCUGACGUAAUGAAGAAGAUCAUACAGACAGUCGCUGAUGGCGGAGGAGAGCUUGGAGUUCAUAUGUAUCUACUCAUCUUUCUCAAAUUUGUCCAGGCUGUGAUACCCACAAUAGAGUACGACUAUACGAGACACUUCACCAUGUGAUCUUGAACCAAAUCAACUGAAUUGAACCCUUUAACCCUUUAAACCCUAAGAGAGAUCAGCAUCUAUUUUCUCCUAACAAUAACACUGCUGAAUCAUUCAUUAAGAUCAUGAGAAAAAAAGGAAAUGAUCACCAACUAAAGAAGUUUUGAUUGUUAAACAAAUUCUCCUUGUCAGUACCAAACGAAAUGCACAGAGAAGAGUUGGGAGAAUAUAAAUACUGAUGUUAGGGUGUAAAGGGUUGAACUCCUGUGAGUAACCAAGACAAAAUUACUCCUUAGAUGACACUGAAGAAAAAUAUCAAUCAGGGGAUCAUUAGUUGAUUUCAUACCAAAUUCUCCAAACUAACACCAUAAGAACUGUAUGGCAGACAGUAAGGAGAAUUAUUAAUGAAGUAUUGAGAGUGAAAGGGUUAAGAUUCCUGAAGUAGAGCAUAUUUUCAAUAGCUUUGGUAGAGGUUUCGUGGCAGUAAAGAAAUAAUUAUGAAAUAUUGCCUCGUUUACAAAAAUUAGUUUUAUUAUUGAUUCCUCUUAAUGUGCGUUUUGCUUUCCAUUGUAGGAAAGAUUACACGAAAGUAUUUUAUAAAGCAAAAAGUAAAAUAGUGUACUUGUUACAAGAACUUCAACUCCUGAAGGUUACAAGCUGUUCGUAAAUUAGUAUGAACAAAAUCUGUUGGAGCAGUGAAACAUGAAUAAGCCUCCUUUGAAUAGUUGCAUGCAGGAAUAGGUCCUAUUUAAAAACUGAGAUAUAAUCAGACACACAGGUUUCGAAGAAAGUCACAUAUUUUGAAAUAAAAGUUAUAGAA